AUGAAUCAGUCAGGCUUUAAUGACCAGGACGUGUCUGGUAACCCAGGAUACAUUCAUGUCCCUGACGCGUCAUUCCCUGGACUCCGGAGGAAGGAAAGUGGUGCCUUCAAUGCUCCUGCCCGGAGUGGCUUCCACCCAACACACUCCUCCAGGAAGGCAGUUGCUACGAACAGCGACCUUCUAUCGAUGUCGACCCCUCUUCCUCCGGCUUCUUCAGCUCCCACUUCUUCACCGCCUGGAUCCUACUUGAUAUCUGACUGCUGUUAUAGAUCCCAACUCCCCCGAUCCGCACGGCUAUCCUGCUGGCUCAAACCAAAAAGACUAACGACUGCCACAGAGCCUGACUUACAUAGAUCCGGCACCAUGCAUACUGCUGUUCCUGAUACCGCUCAGGCUCCUGAUGCCCGUGGCUUGUCCACCCUACUCGGGGGUUUGAACAUCCAGGGUCAGCGUCCCGGAGCCAAAUACAAUGGUCUCAAGAGCAACAUGCCGCUAGCUGUGCCCUCUUAUAAUCCGCUUGUCCUUCUACCCAAUGGAGCCAUCUUCGGAGGUCUUCCCUAUGAUCAGAACCCGUAUCUACCCCCCACUGGCAUCUAUCCGGGCUUAGCUUCCCCAUGCCCAGUGGUUCCCAGUUCUGCAGGAGACUUCUACCAUGGAGCCACCCCGAACCUGGAAGGCCCUGGACUGCCUAACUAUGGUUAUAACAGCUUUCCCCAGCCGGCACCUGCAUGUCUACCUUUCCAGAUGAUGAAGACUCCUACUGGAUAUAUUCUUCAGGAUCUGGAGAACCUAACCCAGCAAGACCCGCCUAUUCCACGGGCUGUACCUGCUAUGUGGACUAACCCUUCUGAGCUGACGCUUGCCAAGUGCCUGGAGAAUCGGGAGGGCAUUACUAACGUCUACAUUCGAGGAUUUCUCCCAGAGACUACGGAUGAGAUGCUGCAUGCCUAUGCCUCUCGCUUUGGAAAGAUAGACAGAUGCAAAGCAAUUGUGGACUUGGAUACAGGCCUUUGCAAAGGGUAUGCAAGGGUCUGGGUCCACGGACUGAUGAUACAUAUGCUGACUGCACCUAUAGAUUCGGAUUUGUCCAGUACUAUAACUUCGAAUCUUGCGAGAACUGCAUCCGUGGGUUCUUCUAUCUUGGCUACCAGGCUAGCUUUGCUCAGGUAUAUAUUUGGGGCUGCCAGUCUACGUACCAUUGAAUCUAACAAAGUCCAGAAAUCUCGCAACUCCCGUCUCAAGGACCUCGAAGACAAGACAUCCACUAACAUCUACUGUACCAAUAUUCCGAUUGAGUGGACAGAGGCCGUGAGCAGAAAGGAUCUUCGCCAUCACUUCGAGCCGUACCACGUCAUCUCGGAGAAAAUUAGUCGUGACGAGAAGACUGGAGUGAGCAAGGAAGUUGGAUUUGCCCGAUUCGAAACCCGCGAAAUCGCCGAGAAAGUCCUGUCUGAGUAUCACAACGCGACUGCCAAAGAUGGUGUGAAGUUGCUUCUUCGCUUCGCCGAUACCAAGGCCCAGAAAAUGCUCAAGCAGCAGAGCAAUGAGCGCCGCGCCUAUCGUGCUGGCGAAUACAAUUAUUCGGUCGAGGUAGUUCAGGGUUCCACUCCAUCGCCUUCUAUUAACCGUCUUCAACAGACUGCAUCUCACCUCAGCCCCAACUCGCAGGGUAGCUAUGUGUCACCUGUUGGCAUGGGCGCAGCCUGGACUCCUGCUACAUCCAUCUCCCCAUCGACAAGCAGGUAUCUGGCGAAGAGCCAGGCUAGCAACAUGAAAUUCAACUCGUGGACUUCCCGCAACGGCCCAGGAGGUCUGGAGAAUACACCGUUGUAUCGUGGACGGCGUGGAGUUUGGACAGAAAAUACCUCGGGCUCUUCCAAGGCUAAUUUCGCCACUCCUACUACGUCCUGCGUUGAAUCUCGUUCCGAACGAUCCAGCCCUCGCAAGGAGAUCAAGGCAGGAUCCUUGUCUCCGAUUUCCUCUCGCAGGGAGGCUUGGACCGUUCCUCUCUCUUGCCAAUGUUUCCUACAAGCACCAAGUGUUGCUACUCACAUGAGCGACGUUUGGUAUUUGCACGGGUCGCCUUUUUGCUCUUCCUUGAAACAUCUUCUACGAACUCGGCAGGCUGUCCAGCUAUCCGUCAGAGCCCGCAUAUCUUACAAUGGUGCAUGGUCUGUAUCUGUUACCGCUGGACCUUGGAGGCCAAAGGUUUACGGCGAGAGGAAAUUCACAGGUUGGGAGGACAUAAGUGGUACUUCAGCAUUUGCCUAG